CCGAUCAUUGCCGCCACCUCCGCCUCCGCCUCCUCCUUGCAGAAAUGCCGGGCUGCAAGAGUGAUCGCCGCAGUGGCGCAGGAGGAAGUGGUGGUGACCGCCGAGGAGGAGGAGGAAGUAGAAUCAGCGGGUGAUGAUCAGGUUGUUCCUUCCAAUACAAAGCUUUACUUUGGGAAUAUGCCUUACAGUGUGGAUAGUGCUCAGCUUGCUGGCAUAAUUCAGGACUAUGGAAGUCCAGAGCUAAUUGAGGUACUGUAUGACAGGGACACUGGAAGAAGCAGAGGAUUUGCAUUUGUAACAAUGAGUAGCAUUGAAGAUUGCAAUUCAGUUAUAGAAAAUCUUGAUGGAAGUCAAUACAUGGGCCGAAUCUUGAGGGUGAACUUCGCGGACAAACCGAAACCGAAAGAACCUCUAUACCCCGAAACCGAACACAAGCUCUUUGUUGGCAAUCUGUCAUGGUCAGUGACAUCUGAGAGCUUGACACAAGCGUUUCAAGAAUACGGAAAUGUGGUUGGAGCAAGAGUGUUGUUUGAUGGUGAGACAGGAAAGUCACGUGGUUAUGGCUUUGUAUGCUAUUCCACAAAAGCAGAGAUGGAAACUGCCUUGGAAUCUCUCAACGGAAUGGAACUAGAAGGAAGGGCAAUGAGAGUAAGUUUGGCUGAAGGAAAACGUUCAUGAAACUCAAAAUCAUAGAAUCUAAAAUGGGUUUCCAAUCAAGGGCAAGAAAAAGGGAGUUAUGUCAUAUGUGAGUAAUGUGGCCACAUAAAAAGCAACCACAUGAGAAGCAAUUUGGAAAUAAUUCAUAUACCCUUUUCAUUUCUUCUUGUGUAUAACUCAUUUUUCACUUCUGUAUAUUCUCUUAGCAGAAGUUACAAGCAGAAAACGGUUUUCUUUCUUCAAA